AUGGGAUCCGAUGGUGACAUCGAUCCGCGCCGGAAACGGAGGCGCAUCAGUCCUCCGGAAACAGGGCCAUAUGUGCUGCGGCCUCUCCUCGAAGAUGUCCCGGUACAGGCUGAAGAUGGCGAGGGACAGGCGCAUAUAACCUGUGUGGAGUACUGGAACGAGAACCUAUAUGUUGGCACCUCUGCCGGUGAAAUACUACACUUCGUCUCUCUACCGCCUGAACCCGGGCUGGAGGAUGGUAGCCCUUCGUUUAUCCUGGCUUCAAGACAACCCAUUACCUCGUUGGCCCGCAGCACUUCGUCCUCUGGAAUCCAGCAAAUUCUAGUCCUUCCAACGGCUAGCAAAGCUUGUGUCCUUUGCAAUGGAUCCGUCUUCUUCUACUCGCUGCCAGAACUCAGCCCUGCAUAUGGGACUACAAAAGUUUCCAACUGUAACUGGAUUGGUGGCCUUGAUCUUGACGAACCGAACAUGGACGAUGGAGACGAGGCGCCGGACCCUAUCAUCAUGCUAGGGAUGCAGGACAAGAUAAUGCUUGUGAGGAUCGGGGAAGGGCCGCGGAGAGUAAGGAAUAUUGAGUUCCCUGGAUGUCUGAUCGCCAAUCGAAGAGGUACAAUCGCGUGUGUUGCGGAUUCCCGUUCCUAUGCUUUACUUGAGGUAGAGCACCGCCAGAAGAUUCCUCUUUUUCCAAUUUCAUCAAAUGACGAGUAUGAUGACUUUAAGGUAGAAAAUAUACCAUCUAGAAGCUCCAGCCCUGCGCUGGACAAAGUGUUAGCAGCUUCAAAUGGGAAUUCAGGAGCAAAGAGUCAUGGAAGAAGUACAAGUUUAAAUGCUAUAGCUGCAAGCUCGGAGCGCCAUCAGCAGGGCGUGCAGCCAGAUAUUUCAGGAACAUCGACCCCAGAAUCCCUUGCGGAUAGUAAAUCUUCGAAACCAACAGGCUCUCAUGAUAGAAGACUAUCUAUACCAAGCAGGUCUCCAUCUGCCGCUCCGGCUGAUGGGCUUGGCCAAAAACCUCUCCCGCCAACUCCCACUCCAACCCCAAAGCGGAAUACUGCAACAUUGAAGCCGCACAUUAUGUCACCUACACCGUCUGAAUUCCUGCUGAUUACUGGGACAGAUGCCUCGAAUCCUGCCGUGGGUAUGUUUGUCAACCUUGAAGGCGAAACAGCGGAACGUGGAACUAUUGAAUUUCAGACGUACCCCGAUGCAAUCGUACUCGACAAUGGUGGCAAUGAUCCACGCUCCAACCCGAGCGGUAAUAGUGAUGAUGGGUACAUCUUAGCGGUGGUCAACAUAGCUGCUGACGCUGAGGAAGGAUGCGCUGAGGAAAAGUGCCUAGAGGUGCAAAGAUGGGAUGUUAAUCCAGGGGAAGGAGAGAGACAACGGUCCCUUAUAACUAUAUCGCUGGAGAACCACAAUGCUGGACCCGUUGGCAUUGGCCAAACAGUAAGCCCGAACAAUGUGAAUUUUGCAGAUGUCGGGGAACUUCUACAGGUUGUUCGACUGAACGUGCCAGAUCUACGAACUCCUGGAUCCGUGACACCCCCAAAAAGUAGCGAUCCCAGGACGGAAGCAUCCAUUGAACAGUUACAAAAGGAAAAAGAGUUAUUUGAAAAUGAUUCAGAUGGCUCUAAACAUGGCUCUUCUGUCAAACCGCGACGUGGGUGGGAGGCAGAAAGGAACGAAGAAGAAUCCAAUUUCGCCAAAACUCUAGGCUAUGUACAAAGCAACAUCGUACUUUGGGAGGGAAGUCAGAUAUGGCGUGUCCUUCGUAACCCGUUAGCUCUACAAUUGGAGAAUGCUCUUUUGCUCACCCAAGAUUUGGAGGGUGCGAGGAGUUGCCGAAUUGCUAACAAAGCUGCCAUAAUAGAGAUGAUGGGUGGGCUGGAUUCGAUUCUACCCAGAACAGCUACUGAGUCCCUGGGCUUAAAUUAUGUUAAAGAAAAGGCUAGCCUGCUUCUUUUCAGGGAUCUCAUCGCCACAGAGCCGGAACAUCAGACUCCAAGCGCGAUUAAAGCAGUGGAGGAUGCCUUAACUGCAGGAGAACUAGACCCUCGGAUCAUUCUCCUUUUUACACCAUUGCUUAGAGAAGAAAUUCUACAAGGGCCUCAAGGCAUUUGGGUUUGUGCAGGACUUACCAAAGUCGUUGAUGCCUUCCUUGAAGUAUCCGGAGAGCAAGAUGGAGCGACGAAGUUCAACUUAACGGAACCAGUUCUACGGAUGCUAGUGAGAUACUUGACUUCCUGGCAUCUGAAGAGGGGGUAUGGAAGCGUGACAGAUGAUACUUAUGUAUUUGACAGUGUUGAUUCGGCUCUGCUUCGUCUCCUGCUGCACCUUGAUGCAAAGCAUAACGAGGCUAAUGGGAUGGCAUCGGCCUCUGCGGUACGACCCGAGCUUAAUAGACUGGUUGACAACUGGAAGGGGAAUUUCACCCGCGCAGUCGAGCUACUGGAGCUCUACCAACGGCUUUUCGUAUUGAGUCGCCUAUACCAAAGCCGUAAAAUGGCCGGUCAUGUUCUCAGAACAUGGCGCAGGACGAUAGAAGGAGAGAAGGAUGUCGGCGGUGAAAUGACCAUUCCUGCUGUUGAGCUUCAAGUACGGAAGUAUCUUGUGAAAAUAAGAGACCCAAACCUGGUUGAGGAGUAUGGCCUUUGGCUUGCAGCGAGGAACCCCAAGCUUGGAAUUCAGGUAUUUUCGGAUGAUACCAGCAGAGUCCAGCUUGAUCCACCUCAAGUCAUUCGAAUACUGAAAGAUCGUGCUCCUGGGGCUGUACAAGUCUACCUGGAGCACCUUGUAUUUACUAAAAAUAUCACACGAUACGCUGACGACUUGAUAUCAUAUUACCUUGAUACCGUCCUCUCAGUACUUGAAAGCUCACCCGAGGCAAGGUCAUCUCUCAUCGAAUCAUACUCUACCUAUCGUGCCCUCCGACCUCCAAAACCUUCGUACUUGAGCUUCAUUUCUGAUAAUGCACCUUCGGAGCCAUGGUGGCAAUCACGUCUACGAUUAUUACAGCUUCUUGGAUCCGGAGCAAGAAGCCAAUUCACAUCCGCAACAUCCCCUCCCUCAGAUCUACCUUAUUCUAUCCCAGCUGUGCUUGAACGAAUUGAGCCUUUUAAAAAUGAGCUUGUGUCUGAAUGUAUAAUUCUAGGUGGGCGCCAGGGACGACACCAUGAUGCACUUCAUCUCCUAACCCACGGCCUUGGCGAUUAUGACUCGGCAAUUAGAUACUGUCUGUUCGAGGGGUCAGGCACGGCUCCCCAAAGCAUGUUCUUGAGAAAAUUCUCACCAUCUGAAAGCCAAAAAGAACUUUUCGCAGGAUUGCUUCGAGAAUUUCUACAGAUUACUGAUCCAUAUGAUCGCACGGAGCGAACGGGAGACCUGCUGGCCCGCUUCGCUCCUCUUUUCGACGUACGCGAGGUCCUCGACUUGAUCCCCCACGACUGGAGCGUGGAUGUCCUGAGUGAGUACUUUGCACGAGCACUGCGCGAUCUCGUCUCUGAAUCUCGAAAUGCAAAGGUCCAGCGCGCCCUUAGUGCCGGACUCAAUCUAAAGGUUUGUGCCGACUUUAUCAAGGAGUCAGAGAAGAUAGGCGGAUGGAUACAAAAUGUCGACCAGAUCAAACCCCUAAAAGGAGACAGAGACAAAGGUGUACAAUCAGAGCCUGGAGCAGCGACUGUGGCUGGAAACGAAGAACCGCCUAACGACGCCGGUGCCCAGAUACGGCCAGACGAUACUUUGAAGAUAUCUUGA